AUGGUAGCUCCCCGCUCAGUCGCAUUGUUCAUAGCAGUUGUGUUUGUUACAGUUUCUCAUAUAGCCGGCGAUUACUGCCUUGGCUACACUGAUUUGGAUGGUGAGUGGCAUGAAGGUUUUGACUGUGACGGAUUAUUGGAUGGUGGAGACAAUUGCUGUGGUACCUUAACAGACAAGUAUUGUUGCUUCGAUGAAGAUAAAUCUGUGAGUGCUGGUAUUAUUGCUCUUAUCGUGUCCUUGGUAAUAGUGGUUGCUGUAUGUAUAAUAUGUGUUGCAGUAUGUGUGUGUUGUUGCAAUGCGUGUCGUGGUAGCACAACUACCACUACAUAUAUACAACAACCUAACACUGCAACUCCCACCGCUGUGACGGCUCAAAGCUCUCAGAUGCAAUCAUCAGUAUCUCCCGGUGUUGGUUAUAUGCCUACAGCAGCUUCUAAUCCCAUGACCCAAUACCAACCAGUAUAUGCACAAGGCGACGUGAAAGCACCAGAGUACUAAAACGUAUUUGUAUGUUUUGGACUUAGCAAUGUUCAAUGUUUCAAUCAUGUUUUUUUUUUUAAUCAGUCAUUAUAUGCAUGCCCAA